AUGCAUCAGAAAGAUGGUAUUAUUAGUGGUCUAGGAAGACAAGAUAAAACAACAGAUGAUAAUCAAACAGAGACAUGGUGGCCACGUUUUCUCGAAAUAUUAUGCCAAUUACCUUAUCAGGGCAAUGCAUAUUUACGACUUAUUAGUGAAUUGAAGAAUUAUUAUGCUGGAAAAGAAGCAGAAUUACGAGUACUUGAAGAGUUUGAACGUAACUACACUCCCGAAAGAGCAGUUUAUUGGUAUACUCGCGAUUCAAUUAUCUUUCGACUUCUGAAUAGGGCACUCCGUCAACGAAAUGUUGAAUUAAUGUUCCUUUUCGGAUUCUACAUGCGAGAUAUAUAUAGGCAGCUGAAAACAGAAUAUGAAAAACAGUACAAAUGUAUUGAGAUAGAUGAACCAAUAGUUCAUGUUUAUCGAAGUCAAAUCAUGUCACUGAAAGAAGUAGAAGAACUAAGCUUAGAUUUUUACGACACCUUUUUAAUUAACAGCUUCUUAUCUACCACUUUAAACCGUGAUCUAUCACUUGUUUUUCUUCAACCAGCAUCCGCUACACCAGAAGGCUUCACAUCAGUUUUGUUUGAAAUUGAGCUUGAUACUCGUAAAAGCUCUCAUGCAUUUGCAGAUAUAUCUCGUCUGAGUCAAUUCUCUGAAGAAAGUGAAGUUCUUUGUAUGAUGGGAAUGUACUUCAGACGUAAAGAAUUUUCUUAUAAUGUUGAUGAAGAACACUACACAAUAAAGCUGGAAUUAUCCGACGACAUUUCAUUGAAAAAGAUCAAAGAAUAUCAUCAAGAUAUGAAUCUGAGAAGAAAUUUACACGAAUGUUGCCGAAUGUUUAUUGAUGAUUUGGGUUUGACACCGCUGAUGGAGAUAAAUAUCAUUUUUAAUGAAUUGUGUAAUUUAUUUCCAUCGGAGAAGAAUUGGUUAGAAGCACAUCGAUACCAUUGUCUUGGUAUUCAUCGAAGUAAGGACCUAUCUCGCCGUUCUGAAUCGGAAUCUGUUUAUUAUGAAAAAGCCAUUGACAUUUGGGAAAACUAUAAAAGUGAUAGUGAACUGAAUGUCAAUAUUGAUAUUGGCGAUAUUCACGUUGAACUCGAUCAUUGCCAAGUGGAACAUUCGAGUUCUGUAGUUAAACAUUUAGAUCUGGCGAUCGCUAGCUAUAUUUUAUCCCUUGACAAACCUAUCAUGGAUAAAGAAAGAGCUGAGAUUUACAGAAAACUAUCAGAAGUUUAUCUGCUUAAAAGACCGUACAGUGACAUGGAAAAUGAAGCAUGUGACGACCAAUUAGUCAGUGAUGAAACAAAGGAAAUACUUAAGUAUCGAAAUUUGGAACUGCAAGAAACUCUAAAAUUCUGUUCACCAACGGAUAAAAAAGUAUUAGAGUUAUAUGAAAAGAUGGCUUAUAUGCAGAAAUUUAUAGGCUAUUUCGAUGAGGCCUUGGUCAACUUUGAGAAAGCAAUUCAAUGCUGCAUGGAUCUGAAAAGUCAGAGAGAUCAACAUAUCGGUUUGUGGAAUUAUUACAAAUCCAUAAUGGAAAUCUAUAGAGAUUUCAAGCAGGAUUAUUCUACAGCACUACACUAUCAAUUACUGGCAAUAGAAAAUGUUACAAAAUUGUAUGCAUUAACACUCCAUGACAAGGACGUUAGUUACUGGGACUUAGAGAGAAUUCAGUCGGAUAGGUCCAUAACAGCUCAAACUUAUUUUGAUUUAGCAGAUAUCUAUAUAAGAAUAGGUGAGCUUCAAUUGGCUCGGGAAAAUUUAUUAGUAUCAAAGAAACUGUAUGAAGAAAAUGAUAAUCGUAUUAUGUUCAACAACAACACACGACUCAUGGCUUUCGAAGAAAAAAUGUUAAUUAUUGAACCUUUCCAUAAGGAUUGAAAAUUCACUUAACGUCCGUAACUUAUAAUCUCUAGUUUGGCUGAUACUCAGAUUCAAUAAUGUGUGCCUAUAAGGAUACGUAUCUUACAAUAGGUUUUACUGAAGAGAUGGAGGGUGUGGGUGUCGAUGGGUGUGGGUGAGUGGAUGUGGGUGGGUGUAAGUGUGGGUAUAGCUGUAGGCGGGGUGUGGGGUGUGGGGUGUGGAUGUCAGAGUGGGGUGGAGUAAGAACAAGACAUCCACACGCAUGCCCACACCCACACCCACACCCUCUAUUCACUCCAUGUGACUCUAUUGAGCCCAAGUGACUCUAUUGAUUCUAUCACGAUAGAAUCAGCUUUUUUCCCCUUGAAAAGAACGACAAAAAAAAAAUUCUGUUUGUUUCUCACAGUGCAACGCAUUUCUUGUUCUUUAUAUAUACGUAGGGAUGUGCAGUUUCGGUGAAAACAGUGAAUUACUGACAGUAUG